AUGGCGCACGGCCUGGGGCCCUCGCCAUCUCCCUUUCCGAAGCAGUUCGUGCUUUGCUUCGACGGCACCGGUAACAAAUUCGCGGGCGAUGAGUCCGACAGCAAUGUACUCAAGAUCUUUCGCAUGCUGGAUCGCAGUAAGAGUCACCAGUACCAUUACUACCAGCCCGGGAUUGGCACCUAUGUGACCUCCAGGUCGCUGUCCAGCCAUGGGCGCAUCCAGCGCAUCAAGUCGGCGUACCAAAAGGCCAAGGACUCGGCGAUCGGAUCCUCGUUUGACGAGCAUGUGAUGGGCGGGUACAAGUUCCUGAUGCGAUACUAUUCACCGGGCGACGAGAUCUACUUCAUUGGAUUCAGUCGCGGCUCAUACAUCGCACGGUUUCUGGCAGAGAUGCUGGAUUAUAUCGGGCUGCUCGAAGCCGGUAAUGAGGAACUGAUCCGAUUCGCGUGGAAGACGUUCGCCAAGUGGCAGCAGCGAACGGGCGACACGGAGGAGGAGCGCGCCGAGAAGAAGAAGCUCUUCGAGUAUAUGAAGGCAUUCCGCGAGACCUUCAGCCGGCCGACCUCGCGCAUCCGAUUCAUGGGUCUUUUCGACACCGUCAACAGUGUGCCGCGCUUCGAGUCGGCCUGGAUGCAGCGCAGCAAGUUCCCCUAUACGGCGCGCAGUUCCGCCAAGGUGAUCCGGCACGCUGUGGGUAUCGACGAGCGCCGCGCCAAGUUCCGCCAGGACUUGAUCUCGGGCCAACGGCCGAAGGAACACAAGCGCCACAAGCAUCGACACCGGCCUCACCCCCGCCAGCAUCUUGAACAACACCUGGCGCGUCAUCUAGAUGCCAACCACCAUCUGCAUCUCCACUCCAACGACCACAGGGAGGAACAUCCAGACAGUGUCCCGGCCAUUCGCCUGAAUGACGACGCCGAUGAGAAGUCCGUUGAACAACCGGAUCCGAACUUCCAAACCCCAGCAUGGGGCCCCGCCAACGGCGAGUCGCACUACCGCACCCCGCAUGGCUCGUCUCAUCAGGGAAGCGAGAGCAACUUUGGCCUUGAUCGCGGCAAUCGGUACCGUGCGCCCUCUCCCCGACGGAUGAGUCUGGCUGUGCCGAAACCAACUCAGUCGACGGAAGAUCUCGCGUCUGUGCGCAGUGGGCAGUCCGGUGGGAUGUCCAUCCAAGUGCCUAGCCACAACGGGGAGGAUGAUGACGAGGAGGACCAAGACAUCCACGAGAUGUGGUUCCCAGGUUGCCACGCAGACAUUGGUGGAGGGUGGAAGCUGGCCAGCGGCGAGCUGUGGGCACUCAGCCACGCGCCGCUGGUGUGGAUGGUGCAGGAAGCACAAAAGGCCGGGCUGGAGCUGGACGAGCGCAAGAUGAAGCAGUUCCAGUGUCUGGAGGAGUUUGACGGCGAUUACACGCCCAUCCAGGAGAUGGAGCUGCGACGGCCGAGUCAGUGCCGCGACGGCCACGGGAAUGAUCCUGACGCCUUCCGCACGAUGCCCAACGAAAAGGAACGGUCGGCGGCGAGCCGCGACUUCUGGCACGCGCUGCACACAUCCAGCACCAAGGGCCUGCUGCACGACUGCCUGGAGUUCAACCAGGGCAUCCCGUCAAUGUCGGUGAUCUCGUGGCGCAUCAUGGAGUGGCUGCCCUUCCGCCGUAUGGAUCUGCAGUCCGACGGCUCGUGGAAGCCCAUCAGCUGGCCGCUGCCGCGUGGUGAAGUGCGCGAUGUACCCCUGGACGCCGAGAUCCACGUCUCGGCCAUUCGCCGUAUGCAAGCGGAUCCCAACUACCGGCCGGGUAAUGUCAUCGUUGGCGGGGGUGGCAGAGGAAUCCGCAAAGCCCCAGAAGAUUAUGGCAUCGGCGAGUGGGUGGUUUUCAAGAACGAAGGUGAUCCUGUGCGCGAGACGUAUGUGCGGAAGGACGUGGCCAACAAGUGCAAGGACGAGCACCCGCAGACCCAGUGA